GCCAUGACCACCUUCAAACAAGCCAUCGCCGGAAUCUCCAAUUCCGGCAACCGCAUUUCCCUCUCCAAGAAAAAACUCUUCCUCUCCCUCUUCGCCACCCUCCUCGUGGUGGUCUCGGCGGUGGCCAUCAUCGCCGGAGUAACAAAAAAAACCUCAAACUCCUCCUCCUCCUCCACCCUCUCCCUCUCCCACAACACCCACGCGAUCAUCAAAAGCGCGUGCAGCACCACACUCUACCCUGAACUCUGCUUCUCAGCAAUAUCCUCCGAACCAAACGUCACACACAAAGUCACAGCACACCGUGACGUCAUCGAACUCUCCCUCAACAUAACCGCAAGAGCCGUUGAACACAACUUCUUCACCGUCCAAAAGCUUCUAACCAAACACGACCUUACAAAAAGAGAAAAAACCGCACUCCAUGAUUGCUUAGAAACCAUAGACCAAACCCUCGACGAACUCAAACAAGCCCAACAAGAUCUCAAACUUUACCCUAACAAAAAAACUCUCUACCAACACGCUGAUGAUCUCAAAACGCUCAUUAGCGCCGCCAUUACCAACCAAGUCACUUGCUUGGACGGCUUUUCCCACGAGGAAGCUGAUAAGCGAGUUAGAAAGGCAUUGGAAGAAGGACAGGUUCACGUGGAACACAUGUGUAGCAAUGCAUUGGCCAUGACCAAGAACAUGACCGACACUGACAUAGCAAACUACGAAGAGAAAACGAAGGUGGUAAAUAGGAAGUUGUUGGAGAAUAACGAGUGGCCGGAAUGGAUUUCCGCCGCCGAUAGAAGGCUUCUUCAGGCGCCGACGGUGAAACCCGACGUGGUGGUGGCGGCGGACGGUAGUGGGAACUUUAAGACGGUGGGGGAAGCGGUGGCGGCGGCUCCGGAGAAGAGUAGUAAGAGGUAUGUUAUAAGGAUAAAAGCUGGGGUGUAUAAGGAGAAUGUUGAGGUUCCUAAGAAGAAGACUAAUAUCAUGUUCUUGGGUGAUGGAAGAACCAACACUAUCAUCACUGGUAGCAGAAAUGUUGUUGAUGGUAGCACUACUUUUCACUCUGCCACUGUCGCCAUUGUGGGUGCACAAUUUUUGGCCCGAGACAUAACAUUUCAAAACACAGCGGGUCCCUCAAAGCAUCAAGCUGUGGCUCUACGCGUUGGUGGGGACCUCUCAGCAUUCUACAACUGUGACAUAUUAGCAUACCAAGAUACCCUUUAUGUUCACAACAAUCGUCAAUUUUUUGUGAAUUGCCUUAUAGCUGGGACAGUGGAUUUUAUCUUUGGUAAUUCAGCUGUGGUGUUCCAAAAUUGUGACAUUCAUGCUAGGCGUCCUGAUUCAGGUCAAAAGAACAUGAUCACAGCACAAGGUAGGGUCGAUCCUAACCAAAACACUGGCAUUGUGAUUCAAAAGUGUAGAAUUGGUGCCACUAAGGAUUUGGAAGCUAUGAAGAAGAGUUUUUCUACUUAUCUUGGGAGGCCUUGGAAGGAGUAUUCUAGGACUGUGUUCAUGCAAAGUAGUAUUAGUGAUGUGAUUGACCCAGUUGGGUGGCAUGAGUGGAAUGGAAACUUUGCAUUAAAUACUUUGGUUUAUAGGGAAUAUCAAAAUACUGGGCCUGGUGCUGCAACUUCAAAGAGGGUUUCUUGGAAAGGGUUUAAGGUCAUUACUGAUCCUGCUGAGGCCCAGACUUAUACUCCUGGAAGGUUCAUUUCAGGCUCUAACUGGUUGGGCUCUACUGGGUUCCCUUUCUCUCUUGGGUUGUAA